UCCCGCCGGCCCUCGUCCAUUCGCACGCCGCACCUUUUCACCGCAGUCUCACUCUCUCCUCAGAUUCAGAAGCAGCGGCAUCUCCAUCACCGUCGCCGCCGCCGCCGCCGCCGCCGCGCCUCCACUGAGUGCCGCCCUAGCCUGCGCGCCUCUCCUCGAGCCUGGCCUCCGCCGUCCCCGUGCACGCCCACGAGCCUCCCGCCACCGGGCCCAGUCCUUCUUCCUAGCUCCAGAAUGGGUCUCCUCAGCAUCAUCAGAAAAAUCAAGCGCAAGGAAAAGGAGAUGCGUAUUCUCAUGGUCGGCCUGGACAACUCGGGUAAGACGACAAUUGUGCUCAAGAUAAAUGGGGAGGACACCAGUGUCAUCAGCCCUACUCUUGGCUUUAAUAUCAAGACCAUCCAGUACCAAAAGUACUCACUGAACAUAUGGGAUGUUGGGGGCCAGAAGACCAUCCGUUCGUAUUGGAGGAACUACUUCGAGCAGACUGACGGUCUAGUUUGGGUGGUGGAUAGUUCCGAUGUCCGAAGGCUCGAUGAUUGCCGUGCUGAGCUCCACAAUCUUUUGAAAGAAGAGAGACUGGCUGGAUCAUCGCUGUUAGUUUUCGCAAAUAAGCAGGACAUUCAAGGCGCUUUGAAGCCUGACGAGAUCGCCAAGGUUCUGAAUCUUGAAGUGAUGAACAAAGACCGGCACUGGAAGAUUGUCGGCUGCAGCGCCUACACGGGCGACGGCCUGCUCCAGGGCUUCGACUGGCUGGUUCAGGACAUCGCCUCCCGCAUCUAUGUCCUCGACUGAAACAACCAAACUCUCUGGACAUUUAGCCGUAGGCAUGCUGCUGCUUUGGCCAUCUCAUGGCAUCUGUAUGUAAUCUGUUCAAGUUUGAACCAAACCAUAAAUGACAUUUUUUAUUCCACACUUCCCUAGUGCUGUGUAAAAGAUGCCUGUAUCCUCAGUUGUGAAAGAUGCAUGUACAGCGGUGGUGACAGCAAGUUUUGCAUCUUAUGCAGGAUUAGAAUAUGGAUGCUCGCAAUCAGUACGAAGUUCAGAAUAUAUCAGAUCAAGUUGUAUUUGAAUUUUUUUUCCUGAUUCACAGAACAAUUUCAAUAGAUCUAAGCAAAGAUCGAUGGAUGCUUGAGAGAAAGGAACAAAAGUAAUCACGACACAGAGAAGGAUAUUUCGCAGCUAUGACGACUUGCAUUUUCUUCUUCCAUUUAAACCGAGUUCAAACAUAGGAUAUUCCAACAUCACAUCCCAAUCCAUGACAGAAGGGAUUGCUGCAUCACCGACGACCGACCGACCGACUUGAAAGAUAACACAUGUUGUUUCUUCCUCGCGUCACCAGCUCUAAUUAACCCCGGACAGAGCGACACUCGAGCUCGCGAUCAAAAA